AUGUUCCCUCUGUACACCAAGUCUUGGGCUCCGGCUCAUAAGGAGAUCAUCGAUAUCGGUGGAUCUACUCUUGAUGACACUUUUGACUCUCAGCUCCCAAGCGCCUUCAAGGGAGUUGGCCACUUCCCAAAGGAAGUUGCAUACACUACUGGUAUGCACCAUUGGUGCGAAAUUGCCGACAAUUCCUAUCAAACAACCGACGAGCUUGACAUUAUCAAGUCUACUGCUUCCGACGUUGUUAACGACAUGCCAGCUACCGGUGCUGUCAUCAUCGACCUUGGAGCCGCUAACUCCCGAAAGUUCGUUCCCUAUGUUCAGGCUUUCAUCGAGCAGGGCAAACCUUGCAUCUAUGUCGCCCUUGAUCUCUGCAAAGAAUCUCUUACCAACCAUGUCAACAAGUCGGCUGCCAACUUCCCGCAGAUUACCUGCAUUGGGUUGUGGGGGAACUUUAUCCAGGGCGAUAAGUACUUCGCUACUCUCCCCAACCCCCGUAUCUUCUUGUCACUCGGAUCCAUUUUCUUCAACGCCCCAGACCAGAUGUGUGUUGAUCGAUGCAUUGAGUUCUCUAAGCAUCUCUCUGGAUCUCCCUACUCCAAAUUGAUCGUCGGUCAAGAUGGUCCUUCCGGCACUGAGGCCUCGUCCACCCAUGCCGCCUACCAGACUAAGGCGUACGAUGCAUUCUUCACUUCUUACCUUCAAGGCAUUCAGACCCACGCCGAUAUUGACGCCAACCCCACAAUCGCCUGGACCUACGAGUCAAAGCUUGACAACUCCAUGCACUACUUUGAAGUAGUGGCUCAGCACGACAUGGUUUGUCACCACUACGACGAUUUCCUCGUGAAGAAAGGCACCGUCUAUACCAUGUUUCCCUCCUGGAAGCGAGGCGAGUCUGAGAUCCACGAGAUCACUAAGGCCCAGGGUCUCAACAUCAAGACUGUCGGCAAGGCCCCCAACUCUGGCAUGCGCCAGUACCUGAUCCAGCCUCAUAUCUAA